AUGAGUGCUGCUACAGGGAUCCUAAAUAAGGGACUAGGGAGGACAGUUGACGAGGCAAACCGGGCCACACUAAACGAGACCCUCGACUUCAUCCCAAGUCUCUCCGUCCUCAGCGUCUCCGACCUCCCCCACGGAUUGUCACCGGCGACAUCCGCUCGACUUGUACGUUCUCUCACCGUCGCGGGAGUCUUCGCCCUACCCACUCGCCACGCCAUCGUCCUGAACACCUUCGCCGGCCUUAACCCGGACAUUGACGCCGAGCUCGCCUCCCUCUUCAGGAACCAUCUCCCCAUCGGCCCCUUCAACCUCCUCAACAACGACACUAUGGUCAACUACAACAACGGCGACUACGAAUGCCUAUCCUGGCUCAACCGCCACGGCCCUGCCACUGUCACCUACAUCAGCUUUGGCACGAUGAUGGCACCUGGACGGUCAGGGGCGGAUUUAUGGGGUUGUCAUAGUAUGCAUAUGACAACCCCAAGACAAUAUGAAUAUGUAGUUGAGAUGUCCGACCUAGAGGAGCUCGCCCACGGCCUAGAAGCCGUCGGCGUUCCGUUCUUGUGGUCGUUGAAAGGUGAGGCAAGGGACGGGCUCCCGCCAGGGUUUCUCGAUAGGACUAAGGGGAGGGGGCUCACCGUGGCGUGGGCCCCACAGGUUAGGGUGCUGGCCCACGCGGCGGUGGGGGCGUUCUUGACGCACUGCGGGUGGAACUCAGUAAUGGAGGGCAUCACCAGCGCCGUGCCGAUGGUGUGCAGGCCGUUCUUCGGGGAACAAAAGGCGAAUGCGAGAAUGGUGGCCGAGGGGUGGAGGAUAGGGGUGGCGAUCGACAGUGAGGGCGUGGCGAUGAGGGAGAAGGUUGUUAAUGCUCUGAAAAUGGUUUUGAGGGAGGAGGAAGGCGGGAGAAUGAGGGAGAGGUUAGGAGAGAUUAAGAAGCAAGCGGAGAAGGCAGUUGGAGACGGUGGGAGUUCGAGGGAGAAUUUUAGAAGAGUUUUGGAGGUAAUAUGCGGCGAUUUAGAUGGUUGA